CAAGUUUUCUGAUAUUCGAUCUUCCAGUUUUUGCUGCAAAAUUUGAAGCCUUUGACGAAGAAACAAGUUCCGACGAGUUGACCACUCUACAAUCCCUGGCCUUGCCGGCAUAGGGAUGAGAUCAGUAGCCGUUGCUGUCAACGGCGGCUCCAGCGCUGGCAGGGGUAGCCGGCGAGCCGUCCAGUGGGCGGUGGAGAAUCUUAUGCCUCAAGCCGAUAGGUUCAUCUUAGUUCAUGUUAUGCCCCGAAUCGCUUCAAUCCCAACACCAUCUGGAGAGUGUAUCCCUGUUAUGGAUCUAGAUGCCCAUGUGGCAACAGCUUAUAUUCAGGAUGUAAAGGAGAAGUUCGAGCAAAUCUUUACUCAAUUGAAGAAACUCUGCAAAACAAGCACAGUUGAAACCUUGUUGCUGGAAGAUGACGAUCCUGCAACUGCACUACUUAGAUAUAUAUCAGAAUCAGAGAUUCAAAUAUUAGUGUUGGGAACUGGCUCUUCAAAUUUUAUAACAAGGAAGCUAAAAGGACCAGGGAUACCAACAACUGUUCUAAGAUGUGCUCCUGACACUUGUGAUGUAUAUCUUGUAGCUAGAGAUAGAAUUAUAUCAAAAUUAGGCGAUUCUUCAUCUUCACCCUCACGUGAGAGCAGCUCAAGGUACUCCGUGUCUACACAAGGGAAUCCAGGACAUGUCGAUGCUCAAAUAACAGGACUUAAUUCUUCCACAACGGGACUUGAAUUUCUUGCAAACAGAAUCCCAUCAAUGUCAGUCUCGGAGUGGAGUUUCAUAGGUUCUCAAACAUCUAGUGCUGCAAAUUCUCUUAAAAAUCUCACUAUAAACGAAGGCAAUCUAGAAAGCUUUAGAGAUGAUGCUGAAACUGCAAGCAUCCACUCAUUUGAUUCCACGGCUUCUGCACAAAUUGAACAACCAGUCUUGCAAGAAAUAGAGCAGCUGCAGCUGGAGUUACGGAAUACUGUUGCCAUGUAUAAACAGUUUUGUGAAGAGUUGGCUCUCUCUCAAAGUAAGGUUCAUUUACUUUCAGCUGAAUAUCUUGAAGAAUCAAGAAGAGUAAAUGAUUCCCUGAAAAGAGAGGAGGCUUUGAGAAAGAUUGCUGCUGAAGAAAAAGAAAAGUAUUUGAAAGUCAUGGAGGAACUUGAGGAGGCAAAAAUGAAGUUUGCAAAAGAGUCGUAUGAAAGGCAGAUGGCUGAACUUAAUGUCCUCAAAGAAUCUGUAGAAAGGAAGCGGAUAAUUGAUACAUUGCUCUCGAGUGACAAGAGGUACAGAAAGUACACUAUGGACGAAAUUAAUGAAGCAACAGACAACUUUUCUAAGGAUCUUUUGAUUGGUGAAGGAGGUUAUGGGAAGGUCUAUAAGUGCAGGCUCGAUCACACUACAGUAGCUGUAAAAGUUCUGCACCAGGAUGCAAUUAACAAGAAAGAGGAGUUUCUGAAGGAGGUUGAGAUUCUAAGUCAGCUACACCAUCCACACAUGGUUUUGCUGCUAGGAGCUUGUCCUGAAACUGGCUGUCUUGUUUAUGAAUACCUGGAAAAUGGAAGCCUUGAUGACUACCUUUUCAGUAACAGUGGGAAACCCCCACUUCCUUGGUUCAUUCGAUUCCGUAUAGUUUUUGAAGUGGCUUGUGGGUUAUCGUUCUUGCAUAAUUCAAAGCCUGAGCCAAUUGUUCAUCGAGAUAUGAAACCAGGAAAUAUCUUGCUGGACAGAAAUUAUGUGAGCAAAAUUUCAGAUGUUGGAUUGGCUAAAUGCCUUUCAGACGUCAUACCUGACAAUAUAACUGAGUACAGAGAAUCUAUGCUUGCUGGUACUCUGCAUUACAUGGAUCCAGAGUAUCAGAGAACUGGCACUGUCCGACCAAAAUCAGAUGUAUAUGCAUUGGGGGUUAUAACUCUUCAAUUGAUAACCGCUCGCCAUGCACGCGGACUCAUUUUGGCUGUAGAAAAUGCGGUUAAAAAAGGCUCCCUCUCUCUUAUUUUAGAUAAAUCAGCUGGAGAUUGGCCACCAACUGAAACGGAAGAGUUGGCUCAAAUUGCCCUGCGAUGCUCGGCACUGAGAUGCAGAGAUAGACCAGAUCUUGAUACUGAAGUUCUUCCACUGCUCAAAAGAAUCUAUGAUGUGGCAAAUGCUACUGCAAAAGUGGGAAGAAAUAGUAGCAUGUGCCCACCAAGCCAAUAUUAUUGUCCAAUCCUUCAGGAAAUAAUGGAUGAUCCACACGUCGCUGCGGAUGGUUUUACCUACGAGUAUAGAGCAAUCAAGGCAUGGCUCAGCAAACACAAUGUAUCACCUGUAACUAAGCAUACAAUGCAGCAUUCUACAUUGACUCCAAACCAUACGUUACGUUCGGCCAUUCAGGAGUGGAGAUCACGACAGAAGUGAAGCAAAACCAUAUGGUGGUAUUUGAUAUGUGAAUAUCUUAGUUUUCCAAGUAUUUAAAACAUGUUUUUGAUCAUACCAAAUAUGAUAAAUCCUUAUGCUAAGAUACACACAGACCAAAAGCCACGGGCUACAAGGGACAGAAUUUUUCACCACACGUUUGAACUUUAGCAUGUAAUAUUAUUUGAGUGGCAUAAAAGGGUUGCACCGUUCCAGAACAUUAUGGAAGCUGAGGUUUUCACAAUUGUAAGGAUGUAAAUUGUCUUGUUUCUUUUCUUUUCAGUUGUAAAAAAAAAAACACAUCAUAGAUAUUUCAGGUAUGUAAAUUGUCCGAUGGCCUUUUGGUUUUUCUGUUUCUAAUCAUUUUGGACUGAAUUUUGUGUUUCUAAUCUUGUCGAACAUCUUCCCACGAUUUCACUUACCACUACACAUUGUCGCUCUUUUUUGGAGUGUCCUUAAA